AUGGUCGAUCAAUUAGUUAUCGGUUCCAUUUUCGCAUCUGUUGUUGGAUUCAUGAUAAUAUACGCAUUCUUCGUUAUGAAAAAUGUUCGGAAAGUUCUUCCGGACGGUGACGGAAAUAGCAACGGAAAACCAUCAUCAGUAACGACGAAAACGAUAUGCAUAAACGGAGAAUGCACAUCUGCUGAUGAUGCUGAUAUCAUUAUCGUUGGCGCCGGAGUUGCCGGAGCUGCUCUCGCUCAUACACUCGGCAAGGAUGGGCGCAGGGUACUUGUAAUUGAAAGAGACCUGACAGAACCUGAUCGAAUUGUUGGUGAACUGCUACAACCAGGCGGUUAUCUCAAACUGAUGGAGUUGGGGUUGGAAGAUUGUGUGGAAGAUAUUGAUGCUCAGAGAGUAUUCGGAUACGCUCUUUUCAAAGAUGGAAAGAAUACUCGGCUCUCUUAUCCAUUGGAGAAGUUUCAUGCUGAUGUGGCAGGCAGAAGCUUUCAUAAUGGUCGAUUUAUACAGAAAAUGAGGGAGAAAGCCUCAUUGCUUCCCAAUGUUCAGUUAAAACAAGGAACAGUUUCAUCUCUUCUUGAAGACAAUGGAACAAUCAAAGGCGUGAUGUACAAGAAUAAAAACAGUGAAAUGAUGAAAGCGUAUGCACCUUUAACCAUUGUAUGCGAUGGCUGUUUUUCAAAUUUGCGGAGAUCCCUUUGCAAUCCUCAGGUGGAUGUGCCUUCAUGUUUUGUUGGUUUGAUCUUGGAGAAGUGUGAACUACCAUACGAAAACCAUGGGCAUGUUGUUUUAGCAGACCCAUCGCCCAUUUUGUUUUACCGAAUCAGUAGUACUGAAAUUCGAUGUCUGGUUGAUGUACCUGGUCAAAAGAUACCCUCUAUUUCAAAUGGUGAUUUGUCAAACUAUUUGAAGACUGUAGUUGCACCUCAGAUACCUGUGGAAAUGAAAGAUGCAUUUGUGGCAACAAUUGAUAAAGGAAACAUGCGGACAAUGGCCAAUAGAAGUAUGCCAGCUGUCCCCCACCCAACCCCAGGUGCUUUGUUAAUGGGUGAUGCAUUCAACAUGCGGCAUCCUUUGACAGGUGGAGGAAUGACUGUAGCGCUUUCUGAUAUUGUUGUGUUACGCAAUCUUCUCAUGCCUCUACAUGAUCUCCAUGACUCCUAUACUCUCUGCAAAUAUCUCGAGUCCUUUUACACUCUGCGUAAGCCGGUGGCAUCAACAAUAAAUACAUUAGCAGGAGCGUUGUAUAAAGUAUUUUGUGCAUCAGGAGAUGAAGCAAGGCAAGAAAUGCGAGAAGCGUGUUUUGAGUAUUUGUGCCUCGGAGGCGUCUUUUCAAAUGGACCCUUAUCUUUGCUCUCCGGUUUGAAUCCUCGGCCUUUGAGUUUGGUUGUGCAUUUCUUUGCUGUGGCAAUUUACGGUGUUGGUCGCUUAUUAUUACCUUUUCCUUCCCCUAAAAGAAUGUGGAUUUGGUGCCCGAUUAAUCUCGGGUGCGUCUGGAAUCAUAUUUCCGAUCAUAAAAGCGGAAGGAGUACGGCAGAUGUUCUUCCCUGCGACAGUGCCUGCAUAUUACAGAGCUCCUCCCACUCAAUGAACAACAGGAUGAGGCUUUCAUUUGUAUUAUAUUCUUUACUCCAGUCUUCGUAUUUGAUUGCCUUUCCAGUUGUCUUUCUUUAUAGAUUGUUGGAGGUGGUCAUCCACAAUCCACAUUCAAGGGUUUAG